AUGUCCGACAUAAGAGACGAAAUUGCACAAUCUCGACAAAUUUCAACAACAAACCAAAAAUCUAAUGAGAAAAAAAUUGAAAAUACUGGAGUUCCAGAACAAUCAAAUGAACAAGAGAAGGAAACUUCAAAAAUAGAUGAUGCAUCAACAAAUCAAGGAAAUCAAUCACCUAAGAAAGACACAAGAGAGGUUGAACAACUACAACCAAAAAAGGAUGCAGCAGGAAAUCAAUCAACUGAAGAUGAGCCUCCAAAAGAGACUACAGCAAAGGAUCAGCCUACACAACAAGUGAAGGCUAUAGCAGAGGAUGAGCCUCCAGCAGAGGAAGAGCCUCCAAAAGAGGAUGAGCCUCCAGCAGCAGUUGAAGAAACACAUUCAUACAUAAUGCAAAACAAGGUCAUUGCUGCUAAAAAGGCCCCUGCUACAACUGUUGAUACUGCUGGAAAAGCCACUGCUGCUGAAAUGGCCCCAGCUACAACUACUGAAAAGUCCUCUGCUGCAGAAAAAUCCCAUGCAGCAAGUUCUGCAAAUGCACAACAGAAGGCCCCUGCUGAAAUUAAAAAAAUCCUAUUAGGUGGUGAAGAAAUUGAGAUUGAGGAUGAAACAGAAGAAGAAUUGGAAAGACAAGAAGAAUUGCAAAGGGAUGAGGAGUUGACAAGAAUAUUGAGAGGUAUAAAACCUGUUGAAGAGUUAAAUUUGUCUCAAAAGAGUGAAGAAUAUUCACAAAAUUCAAAGCAACCAAGAAGGAAAAUGGUUGCAAGGAAAAAUCAAAAGAAAAAAGAAUUGGAAGAAAAUCAGAAAAAACAGGAAUAUGAACAAUCACCAGCAAGAAGAACAAGAAGUAAAUCACGAGAUGUUAAGUUGCCUGGCAUAUCAGCUAUAGCAACAGCUGCUGCAGCAAUUGCUGAAAACCUACCAGCAGCAACAACACCCAAAAAACCUGGGCGUCCAAGGGCUGCAACUGCAAUUGCAGAGAAACCUGUUGAGAAAACAGGGCGUACAAGGGCUGCAGUUAUUGGGAAAGCAGGCCAAAAAGGUGGUCAGAAAAGACCUGCUGCAUCAGCCAAAAGUCCUGCAAAUAAAAGAAAAUUCAUAGAUCAAGUGCCUUAUAAUGAACCAUCAGAGGAUAAAGAACAAGAAGAAGUCCCUGCAACAAGUUCUGCUCCUGCAGAAAAGAAAAUUCUUAAAAAAGUAGAACAAAAAGACAGUGAGGAUCCAACUUUUGAUGCUGAAAAAGAAGAAGAUGAAGAAAGUGAGGAGGUGGAAGUAGUUCAAGAAAAGAAAACAACAUUGAAAAAACCAAAAGCUGAAGAAAAAAGAAUGGUUCUGUAUGAGAGGGAACCAAUAAAAAAGAUUGUGAAGAGGAAAACUAAAUUUUCAGUGGCUAAAAAAAAAAGAAGAGGAGGAAGAAAAGAAUGA